GACUAUAAUCCUCGUACUCCCUUACCAUGUUCUGACCUUUCAUCAUUAUUCUUCCAACACCCGCACUUUAUGAUUACAACGCCGGACACUCCGACACCGACACUCCGAGAACCUCCGAGCGAGCUGCCUUGAGAAAAUUGUAGAACAAUCCUCUCUUCCUCCCUGUGACUUGACGACAUCGACGCCCUGUGCUACGUGUAAAGGCGUAGCUCACUCAGCCCCCGUACUCACACGACAGAGGUUACAGAACAGAACGACAACCGGAAAACGAGCCGAAUCGCGAUGGCGAAACACAAGCACGACAUGGACUUGAAUAAUACGGAGCUACGCGAGAUCUAUGACUUUGCCAUCCAACUCGGCAAAAGUGCCGGGGACAAGCUCAUGGCCGCAGCUCGCGCCAGGCUCCAGGUUCUCAGGAGGAGAACUGUCGGGAAGCCGAAGCCGCCGUAGAGGAAAAGGAUAGCUCCGUGGAUAUUGUCACUUAGGUUGACCCGAGACAUCGAAUCCUUCAUCCGCACCUCCACUCCAUACAAGCAAAGUACCCAACGCACCACUUCCUAGGCGAGGAAUCCUACUCGGCCGGCUCAUCUCGGGACUACCUCGUCACCUCCGCC